AGCAGUGUGGUUGCGGGCGCCGUGCCUUCAGUCGCAGUGUGCCCAGCGCUGUACCGGCGGCCAUGGGGAAAGUGCAGCUCUUCGAGAUCAGCCUGAGGGACAGCAGAGUCAUCUACAGCCCGGGGGAGGCGCUGGCCGGCACGGUCACCAUCCGGACCCAGGCUGCCCUGCCCUACAAAGCCAUCAAGGUGAGCUGCGUGGGGACCUGCGGCGUCUCUAACAAAGUAAACGACUCGUCCUGGAACGUGGAGGAACAGUAUUUCAACAGCACCUUCUCGCUGGCCGAUAAAGGAACCCUCCAGCCCGGAGAACAUUCUUUCUCAUUCCAGUUCCUUCUACCCACCUCCGCGCCCACUUCUUUUGAGGGUCCGUUUGGGAAGGUCACGCACCAGAUCCGAGCUGUGAUAGAAACUCGAAGGCUCUCCAAAGAUUACAAAAGCAACAAACUCUUCUAUAUUUUGAGACCUUUGGACCUCAACGAAAUCCCAGAAAUUGAGCAACUGAGCUGCGCGACGGCCACGAAGAAGUUUAACUACAAGCUGGUGAAGUCUGGGCAGCUGAUGCUGAAGGUGACGACGGACCUGAGGGGUUACGUGGUAGGACAACCUAUCCAAAUCCACGCCGAGCUGGAGAACAAGUCGGGGAGGGACACGGGAGCCAUCGUGGCGAGUCUCAUCCAGAAAGUUGCCUACAAGUCCAAACGUUGUGUUUACGACCUGAGGACCAUCGCGGAGGUGGAAGGCGCGCCGGUGAAAGCGUGGAAGCAUGCGGUUUGGGACGAGCAGAUCCUGGUGCCGGCCCUUCCACAAUCCAUCCUACAGGGCUGCAAUCUCAUCCAUAUAGACUACUACCUCCAGGUCACGGUGAAGAGCCCGGAGGCGUCGGUGACGUUACCGCUCUACAUCGGAAACAUUCCGGUCAAUCUCUCGCGUCUCGGCCCGAGACAUUCCAUCGCUCACGCGCCCUCCCCUGUCGUUCCCAGCGCGCCUCCCGCAGACGACGAGGCAGGCGGUUCCCAACCCAUGGACAACGUAUCCCUUCCCACCAAGUGCCACUCGCAGCAGCAGUCCCACGUCCCUUUCAGCUAUGCCCCCGAACUCAGCUUCCCGAACUCCAACGGAGAACCAGAGACGCUGGGCUCUCCUUCCCACCCCACCCUCUGCCUGUCCACCGGAGCCACUGUCCCGUACUUCGCGGACGGAGCCGUCGUGCCGGUCCCCACGGCCAGUGCGCUUAUCCUUCCCCCGGAGUACAGCACAUGGGGGUAUCCCUACGACGCUCCGCCGUCGUAUGAACAAAGCUGCAGCAGCACCAACGUCAGCAACGGGGAAUAACCGCCAUCUUCCACGGCGAAGAAGAAGACGCAGCGCUCCGGAGGAUGGAUAUUGUUUUCUCGUUCUGCUUUGAUUUUUGCACAUUUUGUCUUCUUUCGAGUCUUUUUUAUGAAUGUUUUAACUGUCCUCCCCUUCACAUGAAAUAGCCUCUGGUUUUUUUUUUUUUGUAUCCCACCCAACGGCGCCGAGACGAUGCGGCCCGCAAAUAUCCAGUGACUUAUGGCUUUCCGUGUGAGGGGGCUAAUUUAUAAUGUUUUAAACACCUGUGAUGCCUUAUUAAACUGAAAUUAUAAAUAUAUAUAUAUAUAUCUGAGA